UUCAACAUGGCGUCCAUGGACACUGACAACGUGAACAAUAAAUGGGAGACAGUCUCAAAGAAGAAGAAAGCGACUUCCUCUGACAAAAAAGCGGCAAGAAAAAACUUCGCAAAUGUAGCUCAAACUGUGGAUAUAGCGAGCCCUGUAAAGGAAUCGGAGACCGUCUUCGAUGCCUUUAGUAGCGGCAAGCAUAAUAAUGCACAGCCAUCAAAUUCAUCACCAACGGACAGCCCUCCAAAGAAGAAGGCAGGUGGAGACGCCCCUAAGAAGGUCAGCGGGCAACAGAAGAAGAAGAAGGAGACAGCUAAGAAGAAUGAGAAGGGAUUUGAGAGCUUGGUGGAGGCAUUGAAGGCGCUUGACCCUAAAGAGGUUAAGGCGGAGCUCAGUGAUGUCCAGAACAGGUGUCCAGAUGCUCCCUCGUUGUGGCUCGGUGACAUCGUAAGUUUCAUGAAUAGAAAGUUACUAUCGAAGGAAUCUGAUCUGGUUUUUAGUGAUCAAGCACCGAAUUAUCCACUGGGAAAGAUGAGCAAACACCUGUCGGAUUGUCUCAAUGCUACCUUAAAGAGCUACAAUAAAGAUAUGCUGAAGGCUUUCUUUGAUUACUGCAUCAGGGAACUGGCUAAUGAAGCUGGCAAAGAUCCAUCGUCUGUUAACGGCUACCGUGUCUUCAUCCAGCUCAUCGCUUCAAAAAAUCCAGAUUUUGUCACAGACUCCAUGGAACUUUACCUCAACAUGGUGAAACGGAAACAGAAUGACAAAGCUCACUGCUUGUCCGUACUUUGGUCGUGUGCUCAGGCAGGGUACAGUAACCCUGUAGUCGGACUGAAAGUGUGGUGUGGAUUGAUGUUGCCUCUACUUGGAGUCAAACCUGUAUCUUCCUACGCAAUGGCAAACCUGGACAGAAUCCUCAAACAGAAGUUGGAUAAAGAAAAGGCUCAUGCAGUCCUUGGACCCAAUCAGUUCUUUCCCAUCCUGGACUUCGUCUUCACUCCUGGAAUCUCGUUGUCAGCCCAACUUCAAAAGCAACUCAUGAGGCACUACUCUAAGUUAAAGAGCAUGGCCUUCGGGUGUCACCCUGAGACAAGCCUACGCCAUUUCUUUCCAUCGUUAUUAGCGAGGGCCACAACAAACUGUCCGGAACCAAUGAAAACAGAGCUGUUGACUACCUUGGUGAUGUGUUUGAGUACUGAUCAUCACUGCUUCAGUAAAUGGCGUCAGAUGUACGAUGGUCACCUAUCACAGUCUAGUGUGCUUAUGAAUCACAUGUUGUCAUCGUGGGAUAAAGUACAGAAAAAGUUACCAUGGCAACUGUUGAAAGAGACCAUCUGUGCAUUCCAUCUGACCAAUGAGGACAUGGCGAGCACAAGGAACGGCAAAACAGAGCAUGAACAGUGUAAAGUAGCAUGCAAGGAGUUGCUGGAACGAAUGAGUGGCUUUGAGUUCCCCUGGAGGGGUGUACUCACAACAGUAGCCUUAGCUAUCAUCACCCUUAUUGCCUUCGAUAUUUAUAGUCAUAAAGGUUUCAAUGGUUCCUUGACUCAGACGUUUUUUGAGCGAUCAGGAAUCGCAGCAGUUUGCAAGCAAGCCUACACUAAAAUUAGCUUUUACCUUGGUCUUGCCUAUGAAUGGGCAUCUAUCAAUAUACCGAUCUACUAUGUACAGGCAGCAGAGUUCUGUGGGCCCUACCUCAUUCUACUGAAGGAGAAACUUUACACUUUGUUUAUCUUCCUUGGAGAAGUGACCGCGCCCGUUUGGGUGUGGCUCGGACAAAAUAUCCCUAUUGCUAUUGAAUGGAUCAAAGCCCAAAUUCCAAUCAUACUGGAUGUAAUCUGGAGUUACCUGGUAGCAGCGUGGGACUUCGUUUCACCACACCUCAUUGCCUUUUGGACGACCAUCUCUCCAUACCUGGAGCAACUAUGGGAUGGGAUCCUUCACUAUUCCGUCUUAAUCUGGACUGCUGCCCUGCCAUACCUCAGAGCAGUCUACAAAUGGCUACAACAGCUGGUUAAUACAUCGUAGUAAAUGACAGAUCAAUCGAAUGAGAAGAAGACAUUCCAUUAGUUGAGGUCACAAUUAAUGAAGUUAUUGUUCGUAGCACCCGGUACAAGAUAUAAAUGAUUUUCUUGCGUAAAUAUAGACCUUGAUCAUGCUGCCUCAAUCUUGGUCAUGUUUCUCGUAUCGAAUAACAAUAAUGCAUGCUAAUAGUCGUCUUGCAAUUAGGAACCAGACUAGU